AUGUCAGGUUCCAACAAAACCGACUUCACCAACCCCUCCACCUUCAUCCUGCUGGGUAUUCCUGGCCUGGAGGCAUCCCAUGUCUGGAUCUCCAUCCCCUUCUGCACCAUGUACGCCAUAGCCGUCUUGGGGAACUUCACCAUCCUUUUCAUCGUGAAGAUGGAGCCGAGCCUCCAUGGGCCCAUGUACUAUUUCCUCUGCAUGCUGGCCAUCAGCGACCUUGUCAUGUCCAUGUCCAUUGUGCCCAAAAUGCUGAGCAUCUUCUGGUUCAAUUCCAGAGAGAUCGAUUUCAAUGCCUGCCUCACCCAGAUGUACUUCAUUCACUGCGCCUCAGCGAUGGAUUCUGGGAUCUUCGUGGCCAUGGCUUUUGAUCGCUAUGUGGCCAUCUGUGAUCCCCUGAGGCAUUCCACCAUCCUGACAAACCCCGUGGUGGCCAAGAUUGGCCUGGCUGUGCUGCUCCGCAGCGGCUUGAUUGCAUUGCCCUUGCCUUUCCUGGUAAGGCAGUGGCCAUAUUGCAGAACCAACAUCAUCCGUCAGCCGUACUGCGCACACAUGGCCGUGGUGAAGCUGGCCUGCGCCGACACCAGUGUCAGUAGUUACUACGGCCUCUUCGUACUAUUCUGUGUGAUGGGUCUGGAUGUGAUUUUUAUCACUGUGUCCUAUAUCCAGAUCCUCAGGGACAUCUUCAGCCUCCCCACAAAAGCCGCCCGGCUCAAGACUUUUGGCACCUGCGGCUCCCACCUUUGUGCCAUUUUAGCAUUUUACAUCCCAGGUCUCUUCUCCUCCCUCAUAUACCGGUUUGGGCAGAAUAUAGCCUUGCAUUUCCAUAUUCUCAUUGGCACAAUAUGCCUCUUGCUGCCCACCAUGCUGAACCCCAUCAUCUACGGGGUGAAGACCAAACAGAUCCGGGACAGGGUGCUCCGGCUCUUUACUCAUAAAGGGACCUAA